AUGUCUCCAAUCUUACCUGCUUUCUUCUAUCUUGGGCUGUGUGUACUGCAAGCGAUGCAAGCCCAGAGUGGCCCAUUCCCUAAGCCUUCACUCUGGGCUGAGCCCAGUUCCCUGGUGGCCCUGGAGCAGUCAGUCACUCUGAGGUGCCAGGGGCCUCCGGUUGUGGAUUUAUAUCGCCUGGAGAAACUGAAAUCUCAGAAAUAUGAAGAUCAAAACUUUCUCUUCAUUAAGAGCAUGCAAAUAAGCCACGCUGGACGCUACCGCUGCUCAUAUCAGAAUGGGAGUCGCUGGUCUCCCCCAAGCGACCACCUUGAGCUAAUAGCUACAGGCGUUUAUGGUAAGCCCUCCCUCUCAGCUUAUCCGAGCUCAGCAGUUCCUCCAGGCAGGGACGUGACUCUGCAGUGCCAGACUAAAUAUGGUUUUGAUCAAUUUGCUCUACGCAAAGACCAGGAUACUGGGCUUUAUAAGACACAUGAGAGAUGGUACCGGGCUAAUUUCUCCAUCAUCAAAGUGACUGCUGCUCACAGCGGGAUUUACCGGUGUUACAGCUUUUCCAGCUCAUCUCCAUACCUGUGGUCAGCCCCCAGUGACCCCCUGGUGCUUGUGGUUACAGGACCCUCUGCCACUCCCAGUCAGGUACCCACAGAGGUACCAUCUCCCACAACAGAAUCCCCCAGGAGAUCUUCUAUCUUACCCUCAACUAAGGUAUCUACAACUGUGCUGUACAGGGAAGUCAAAUCUGGGCAGCCUGACUCUAUGGUUUAUGUUCUUGUUAAAUGUCAUGGAUUUCUGCCUCACAAGCACAUGAGAACACAUGUUUAUAUCCAACAGCGGCAAUGCUUCCACUUCUUUAUACUUCCAUUCUUAAAGAAGUCUAUGAAUAUCACUGUCUCUCCAGAGGAGUGAAGUCCUCCAUUUGGGUUUUCCCACCAGCACUAUGGCAAUGGGAAUCUGGUCCGGAUAUGCCUUGGUGCCAUGAUUAUAAUAUUUCUGGUGGGGCUUCUGGCAGAGGAUUGGCACAGUCGGAAGAAACGUCCACCACCCAGAAUCAGAGCUGUGCAAAGACCACUCCCACCCCUCCCACUGGCCUAG